UGUCAGACGAACCGGAGUAAACCACCAGCAGUGUGAGUCUGUGUUUGCGUGUGUGUGUGUGGUGUGUGUGUCGGUCAGAGGAUCAAACAUUACCUGCCAUAAAGCUGCACCUUUGAUAGACGCAGAGAUGCAUCCGGUCCGAGUGUCGAUCCCGUCGUUCCGCUCCGAGAACAACUCGAUGGAAAAAGGAUUCACGGUCUUUAAAAUUGACGUGCUGAUGAACGGCAGACAGCACACGGUGGAGAAGCGCUACAGUGAAUUCCACGCUUUGCAUAAAAUGCUAAAGAAGAGCAUAAAACCACCUGAAAUCCCCUCCAAGCAUGUCAGAAACUGGGUUCCCAAAGUCCUGGAGCAGCGGAGGCAAGGCCUGGAGCACUACCUGCAGACUAUAAUUAUGGAAAAUGAGGUUCUUCCAAAGAUAUUCCUGGAUUUCCUGAAUAUCCGCCAUUUUCCUUCGGUGCCAAAAACAGAGAGCUGUGGGUCAUUCGAUACAGAAUCGGAGGAAUCGAGUAAACUUUCACACCAGCCAGUCAUGCUGUUUCUGAGGGACCCCUACCUGCUGCCGUCUGCUCACGAUACAUUUUCCAAUGUCGUGAUCGAAGGCGUGAUACACGGAGUUUUCUAUCCAGACCUUCAGCCGAGGUAGAGCCGAACCGGAGGGGGGAGUCGCCGCGAACGGAUGCUUCGUACUUUUGCACCAUUUUAGGUGUGCGUCAGGAAGAACAUAACACGAUAACGUAGACUGAGCCUCAUUCACAUCCAGCAAAGCAUUUAACACGAAUCCAUUUUUUUAAAAAGAGAAAAGAAAGGGCGCCUGAUCUCAAAAGAAACCCCCAACACACACACACUACGUCUUCAUUUGUCUCUGCAGUCACUAACGUUCACAAAAUAGUUAAGAACAUAUAUAAGCUAUAAGAUUUAACUUCACGUGAAACACUUUGACAGGUUAACUUAUAUGUUUAGUGACGUAACGAUCAAAAUAAUUAAGAAUUAAGAAGAUUUUCAGGAAGCUUAAGACCUGAAAAAAACAUACAGGAUCAACUGGAAGUAGAAAUAAGAGGCUCAUCAAUAUAGGAAACACUUGAAAGGUGCUUUUUUUUUUUUUUUUUUGCAUGACCCUUCCACUUUAGGGAACCAGAUAAGAAAUGAUGAACUGAAGGCUGGUUUGCCAGAGACAGAGGAGCAUUUCUGACCUGUUAGGACCAAGUCCAGGCCUGAGCUGUGCAGCUGGAUGGAUCAUCACGGCCUGCAAACACUGGGGUGCCACUCCCUUUGUUGCGCCAGUGAUGUGGUUUUGAUUUUAUUUGUUUUGAGCUGCUGAACGGUGCCAACAGAAGGGAGUGUAGCGGGCAAAAGGAUUCGAGAGGGUGUUUUCUGCCGGAGUUGACGGCUACGUGCCACAUGUUAGGGUGGAAGUGAUCCGAGCUUUAUAAAUAGACCGAGGCAGUGAUGUGGACCUCUUUGGUCGGAGCAGGAGACGUGUGACGAAGCGUCGCAGUGUUGACAGGGAGGUGAGUUUGGUGAGGAGGUGAUGAACUCGAGAGUUUUGGGGGCAAAAAGCCGCUCGGAACAGAAACCACACCAGACAGAGGUAUGCGGGUGAAGAAAGACGUGUUUAGCUGGAAGUGGGCGUCAUCGGAGUUGUAGAAAUCAGAUGCUGACAGAGCGGUGGGUUACUGUAAAUCCAGGCUGCUUCUCCUUUUCCUAUUCAUAGCUUCAGCGAGAUAUGAGUCUUUAAAGAGAGCAGAUUAGAAUCGUCGUCAUCCAACACGACACACGACUACUUAGGCAAUAAAGAAAAAUCUAAGUAAGACAUCUAAAUCUGGUUGUAGCCUGCAUAUAAUGAUGUCAACUCAAGAAAUAAAUCUGUGUAUUAAUCAUUAGAUUAAGUCUUGAGCUGACAAAGUCCUGUUCAACUGCCCUAAGUCUCACAGAACCCGGCUUCAGACGCUGCAGAUUUUCAAUGAAAGGCUUUAGUUUAGAGUGCAUGAAUGUGAGGAUGACGUUGAUUUGAGUUUUGAUGAACAACCAGCAUCUAACACUGACACGAUAAUGUUGAAUUUACACAUAAUGUAGAAGGCCAGUUGUGAAGUUGUGGUGAACAGACACAGUCGCCAAUCAUGUGAAGGGAUGCAAAGGGUGUUUUUUUUUUACAGGGAAUAUUUAAAACGAGACUUACAGUCAGUAACAUAUUGUGCAAUACAGAUUAAAACAUGAUGUUGUUCCUUGCGGAGCCCGACCAGAACCUCUGACAUCAAUAAAUCAGCCGAUUUUCUUUAUAUAAUAAUAAUAACAACAUGAAAAAUAGGAAGCGAUGGGGUCAUUGGAAAACAUAAAGUAAUAGCAGUUUUCUGUGGAGAGACCGCUCGACUCCGCACCCUCACCUGCUCAGCUGUGAUGCGUACUCUGCUACAUGUGCUGCAGACAGCGCUGAGGGAACGUUGCUGCUCUCCCAGACAACCUUUCACUAUAUCGAAAUGACCCCAAGCGUCUUCUCCUGCCGUAAAACAAGCAUAUCGGACGACGGAUGUCCAGUAUCGAGCGAUAACCGUCAGAUGUACGAAUCGGUCGGCUCCCUGUGGAUCCAUCUCAACUCGUGAACACUCUGAAUAACUCGUUGUGAAACUUGACGUCACUUUUUGGACCCGACAGCCUUCUAGAGCUUUCUCAUGUGACUGGACCUCCACUACGCCAUUUGUACAGAGUGAAAUGAAUCCUGCAUAAUAAACCUCAGCUAAAGAGAUCAUGAUUUUAUGUUUUAACACAGCAAAUCAUUUCCUAGAAAUCCACGUUGUGAAUGUUUGUGAAUUCAUAUCGAGUAACAUUGCGCUCCCACUGUGUGAGUAGUGUCAUUUCUGUGCCAUAAUGCCAACCUAAAGUGAACACUGGACUUCUACUGUAGCACUUUGAGAUGGAUGUUAUGUAAAAUACUGACACUAAUAAAAUUCAUUAUUUCCUCAA